AUGAUCUGGAGAAAACCAGAUCAAGUGAUGGGCUGUUCACAAUGUAAAAGUGGUAAUGGGGAGAAGGAAGAGGAAGAUACCCAUUGUCCCCAUCAGGACCAACGCUACUGCCCAGACCCCACAAGCCAGGUUUCCCGCACCAACGAUUAUCAUGCAUCGUUUAUCUCUCCAGCGUUUGGAGGAGGCCUUCCCGGAAUAGGUGUUACAGGGGGCGGGAUAACCCUCUUUAUAGCUCUAUAUGAUUAUGAUGCCCGUACGGAAGAUGAUUUGACAUUCACAAAAGGCGAAAAAUUCCACAUUAUAAACAACUCUGAAGGAGAUUGGUGGGAGGCUCGAUCACUGAGCAGUGGAACCACAGGAUACAUCCCCAGUAAUUAUGUCGCUCCCGCAAAUUCAAUCCAAGCAGAAGAAUGGUACUUUGGGAAGGUUGGCAGAAAGGAUGCUGAGAGGCAGCUCCUGGGUGUGGGGAACCAACGUGGAAGCUUUAUGAUCAGAGAGAGUGAAACCACAAAGGGAGCAUACUCUCUCUCACUCCGCGACUGGGAUGGUGUGAAAGGAGACCACGUUAAACAUUACAAGAUCCGUAAACUGGACAAUGGAGGAUUCUACAUCACAACGCGUGUCCAGUUUGAUAGUGUACCAGAGCUGGUGAGACAUUACACAGAAUUCAAUGAUGGUUUGUGUCAACUGCUUGUAAAGCCAUGUAUCAACCUGAGACCUCAGACUAUGGGAUUGGCAAAGGAUGCCUGGGAAAUAUCUCGAGAUUCGAUAACACUGGACAAAAAAAUGGGACAGGGAUGUUUUGGAGAUGUUUGGAAGGGGACCUGGAAUGAAACCACCAAAGUGGCUGUAAAGACUCUGAAGCCAGGCACCAUGUCCCCAGAAGCAUUCCUGGAAGAGGCUCAGAUUAUGAAGAAGCUUCGCCAUGACAAGCUUGUCCAGCUGUAUGCAGUGGUAUCUGAGGAGCCAAUAUACAUUGUGACUGAGUUUAUGAGCCAUGGUAGUAUGCUGGAAUACUUGAAAGAAGGACAUGGACGUUACUUGAAGUUACCCGAGCUGGUAGACAUGACGGCACAAAUAGCCUCUGGCAUGGCAUAUAUUGAACGGAUGAAUUAUAUACAUCGUGAUCUCAGAGCUGCCAAUAUUCUUGUGGGUGACAACAUAAUCUGUAAAAUUGCAGAUUUUGGCCUUGCCCGUCUCAUUGAAGACAACGAGUACACAGCACGGCAGGGUGGCAAAUUUCCCAUUAAGUGGACAGCCCCUGAAGCUGCACUGUACGGAAGAUUCACCAUUAAAUCUGAUGUUUGGUCGUUCGGGGUCCUAGUAUGUGAAGUGGUGACGAAGGGAAGAGUUCCUUAUCCAGGUAUGAGUAAUAGAGAGGUCCUGGAGCAAGUUGAGAGAGGAUACCGUAUGCCAAUUCCCCCCGGCUGCCCUCCAUCUCUCCAUGAGAUUAUGUUACUAUGUUGGAAGGCAGACCCAGAAGAACGACCGACAUUCGAGUAUCUGCAGUCUUUUUUGGAAGAUUAUUUCACAGCCACUGAGCCUCAGUACCAGCCUGGGGAUAACCUCUAGGAUAUAACAUUGGUGGCAUCCAUGAAACUGGGAAGCUGUAAUCACUCGUAGAACAGUCUUUGAAUGCAUGAGAUUUGACAAAUGAACCAAAUAAGAGGAAAAACGCUUUUGACGAAAAUGCAGAUAAGAACAUUAACUGACUUGUAACUAGGCUCAAAAACUGGAGAGACACAUCUAAGGUCGGGUUUAAUGGGUUGCAUAUGGAUGUGUCCUCUAAAAGAGGGCCACUUCAGCAAUCCCAAGAUGCUCAUACCUAUAAUGAUGAUAUAAAAGGGGUACUUAUACCGCUAGAUCUUAUCUGCUUAUAGACAGGAAACAUGAAUACAUGGGGAUUAUUGGGCCCUGUGAAGCUUCGUUUUCUGAAUGGAAUAUGAAUUGUCAAUGAAGAUUCGUAUUCAAUUCGCUGUAAACCAUCAAAUUCAUGUGUUUGGAAAUGGCCAGAGGAGAACAGCCAGCAGCGACUACAUGAAGGCAGCUCCGCAGGGGCACGCAGGGGCACACAGAGCCUUCCACCGUGAGGCAGCCACAAAAAAAGAAGAAGGAAGGGGUGAAUGCUAUGAGGCAGUUUGGAUGUGAAGCAUAUUUAUUAUGGUUGUAUGUACGUUAAGAGGAAGUCACAGGUCAGGAAGUCCUUAUAUUUGACUGAUCUAAUUGAUAGUUGUGCUUUUAAAAAAAUAUAAUUUACUGAUUCCAGUCAGAGGUUGAUUUGACUGAAAAAAAAGUACUGAUCUCAUUUAAAGCCACAACUGAAAAUUUACAGGGCCCUAGGCAAUUCCUUACAUUGCACAUAUUAAAUUACGAGCUGUGACUGGAAGGUAGGUGACAUCUGAUUUCAUGUUGAUAGAAAAUAGUAAAAAUAUUAAAAGUCAAACCGUAAUGGGGA